AUGACUGUCAUAGCACUGUACAUCUACUCUGUAGUUGUCCAGACAGUUGAAAUGGAGUUACCAAGAGCUAAGGAUACUCACUCCCACAACACCCGGAGAGCAACUGACUACCUCCUUCCUGGACACCAUACUACACGUAAAAUUCAAGAGGUGGUGGAAGCUUUUGGAAGCCAUGUCCACAUGGAACUACAACAGAGAGGGGUUGAGUUCACCCAACUGUUUGGCAAAUACAAUCACCUGCGUCGGCCACUGCUGGAGCGGAUGCCUGCCAUGGAGGUGUCCCGGACUCACACCUCCGAGACCAACGGGGAGAUGGAGGGGGAGGUGCUGCCGGACACCACUCAGCCUCCUGACACGCAGGCGCAGGACUCGAACGCUCUGUUGGUGUUGCUCGGUGGAGACACCGGUGAGGGUGACAUCGUGAGACCUGUGGAGACCAGCAAGUCUACAGACAACCAGGACCUCUUGGAUCUACUGGGAGGUCUGGACAUCGGUACCACGAUUCCUUCAACUAACAGCAACAGCAACGGCCUACCUAACAACAACAACAACAACAUACUCCUGGACUCUACCCUACUGGACACCACACCGUCCACAGUGUCUGAGCUGGUAGCUUAUGAGAAGAACGGCCUGCGGUUACUGUUUACUCUGGAGAGGCUAGGGGAGACCCCCUCCACGACUGUGAUCCAUUGUACUCUAUUUCAUCCUGUUGUUGCAGUGUCUGAGCUGGUAGCUUAUGAGAAGAACGGCCUGCGGUUACUGUUUACUCUGGAGAGGCUAGGGGAGACCCCCUCCACGACUGUGAUCCAUUGUACUCUAUUUCAUCCUGUUGUUGCAGUGUCUGAGCUGGUAGCUUAUGAGAAGAACGGCCUGCGGUUACUGUUUACUCUGGAGAGGCUAGGGGAGACCCCCUCCACGACUGUGAUCCAUUGUACUCUAUUUCAUCCUGUUGUUGCAGUGUCUGAGCUGGUAGCUUAUGAGAAGAACGGCCUGCGGUUACUGUUUACUCUGGAGAGGCUAGGGGAGACCCCCUCCACGACUGUGAUCCAUUGUACUCUAUUUCAUCCUGUUGUUGCAGUGUCUGAGCUGGUAGCUUAUGAGAAGAACGGUCUGCGGUUACUGUUUACUCUGGAGAGGCUAGGGGAGACCCCCUCCACGACUGUGAUCCAUUUGUCUGAGCUGGUAGCUUAUGAGAAGAACGGCCUGCGGUUACUGUUUACUCUGGAGAGGCUAGGGGAGACCCCCUCCACGACUGUGAUCCAUUGUACUCUAUUUCAUCCUGUUGUUGCAGUGUCUGAGCUGGUAGCUUAUGAGAAGAACGGUCUGCGGUUACUGUUUACUCUGGAGAGGCUAGGGGAGACCCCCUCCACGACUGUGAUCCAGGUCGCAGCCAACAACUACGCUCAGUCUCCGUUCACUGAGUUUCUCUUCCAGGCAGCUGUACCCAAGACAUUCCAGUUACAAAUGCAACCACCAUCUGGCACUGUGAUCAGUCCUGGCACAUUCCAGUUACAAAUGCAACCACCAUCUGGCACUGUGAUCAGUCCUGGUGGCCAGAUAACUCAGACUAUCAAGGUCAUCAACCCCAACAGGACGAUGUUGAAGAUGCGUAUCCGGAUCAGCUACACUUGUGACGGGACUCCUGUACAAGACCAAGCCGACGUUAACAACUUCCCCCCCGAGAGCUGGCAAUGA